AUUUAUUUGCCGCUCUUCGAGGCGUCCACAACAUCGAAAAAUGUUGUCCGCGUAAAAAGAUUUGAAAUUUGUGUGACUUCCGACGAUUCAAAAAUAAACUUCCACACAUAUUAAUAUUAAAAGUGUAAUUUGUGAUAAAGUAGCGUUAAUUAUUCGAGAAAAACAAUAUUCAAGAUCCUUUAUCCGAAACGGAUUAAUUAUUACAAAUUGCAAUAAUAUCAUUGUGAUUUGCGAAGAGUGAUCACUUGUGUCCGCCUGAACACAUUAAAUUUCACACAAGUCAUUUAACAUAUUGUGCAUCAACAAUUUACAAUAUAAAGAAGCAGCUGCAGUUAAAGACACAGUGAUAGCUGCUUUUUAAAUAUGUCACCUUUGACAACGUUGUUGAUGCUUUUUGCCUUUGUGGUAUGUAGGUUUGAACAGAGUGCGGCUUACCCGGUGGCUUACUCCUACAAUUUGGCAAAGCCUAGUAGGGCUAAUGUGGUCAGCACUGCCACGCCUCCACAACUGAUUAGCAAACUGCUGGUGCAAUCUCCAACACUGGACAACGUUUAUAUGGACUAUUUGGUCACGUCGAAGCCACUUCACCUGCGCAAAUACAACAGCAAAACAAAGAAAACCAAAAAGGACUCGAAGAUUUAUUUCAUUCCCAUCCCGCCACUGCCUUAUCGCUAUAUACCUGGCAUUGGCUACGACUAUCAGCCCAUGAAAAUCAAGCCGAUUAUGCAGGAAACAUCUAACCAGCCAUCCACAGAGUCUCCCCACCGGCAUCGCAUCCCAGUCUCCUCACCCACUACUACGGUGACACCUUCGACUCCACAGUCGGCAACACAGAGUAAAGUGUUGCGUGUCCAACAUAACAAGGAUUACUUCUUCAAUGGUCGUCCCUUCCGACUGCAGGCAGCUCAUGCAGAUCGCAAGUCAGCGCUGACGCCACUUAAUCUUAAGUCAAGAUUUUAUUACAAUAAAAACAUAAUUUAUUAA